AAAGGGGGUACUAGGGUUCGGCCAGUUUCAGCAAUGUCUGGGAGACACCCCAAAGAUUCCCACUGAGUUGGCCCACUUCGCACAGCCAGGGCCCAGCCGUCCAGCCCUGUUGGUGUCUGCAGUGGCCCUUUGGCACCUCCACAAGACACCAAGAUGGAGAUUCCUGAGUGGGCCCAGCACUACUUCUCAAAGGGCCUCCUACUCUCAGCCUCAAUCCUAGCCCUCUGGAUCCCACAAGGCUCUUGGGCUGCCCUACACAUCCAGAAGAUUCCAGAGCAUCCUCAAAAGGAUCAGGACCUUCUCCUGUCUGUCCAGGGCAUCCCAGGCAACUUUCAGGACUUCAACUGGUACCUGGGGGAGGAGACCAACGGUGGCAUGAUGUUAUUCACCUACUUCCCCGAUCUCCAGCAGCCCCAGAGGAACGGCAGUGCCAUGGGACAGCAUGACAUCAUUGGCUUCCCCAAUGGCUCCAUGCUGCUGCAUCGUGUACAGCCCACCGACAGUGGCACCUAACAGGUAGCUGUCAACAUCAAUCCUGCCUGGAUCAUGAGGGCCAAGACUGAGGUCCAGGUGGCCGAAAAGCAUAAGGAGCUGCCCAUUAUACACCUGCCCGUGAGUGCUGGGAUCAUGACUGCCAUCAUAAUUGGGUCCCUCGCUGCCGGGUCCCUCUUCAUCGGCUGCAUUGCCCAUCUCCUGUUAACAGGAGGCCGGAGGGGCCACAGCCACAGGAUGACACCCACAGAGAAGCCAGAGGCGCGCCCCAACUGCAAUGCUGGUGACCAGCACAUCUAUGAGGUGAUGCUGUCUCCGACCCACCUGGUGUCCCCCCUUGGGGGCACAGCGUCCACGAACAACACCAUGCCCCUGCCGGGGCCAGAGAACCACCCCUACCAGGACCUGCUGAACCCCGACCCUGCCCCCUACUGCCAGCUCACGCCAACCCCAUGA